CUUUUGAUGUACAUACUAAAAAACGAGGUGAAGUGCAGCGUUGAAAAUAUUGAUUAAUAAUUAUCUGCACAAACACAGAUAUAUUUGUUUAUAAAACAUGACUGAUCAACGGGGGACUAGAGUUUAUGUCGGUAAUUUAACUGAUAAAGUAAAGAAGGAUGAUCUGGAAGGCGAAUUUACAAAGUAUGGAAAGCUAAAUUCAGUAUGGAUUGCAUUUAAUCCGCCCGGAUUUGCAUUUGUUGAAUUUGAACAUCGUGACGAUGCCGAAAAGGCAUGUGACAUUUUAAAUGGUUCGGAGCUCUUGGGCUCGCAAUUACGAGUGGAAAUUUCGAAGGGUCGUCCACGGCAAGGACGACGAGGAGGACCUGGCGAAAGAGGACGCCGCGGUGAUGUCGGCAGACACAGCAUUACAAGUAGCAGUAGCAACGGUGGAUUCCGGCAACAGAGAGGCUCCAGUAGCUCAAGCAGUCGCCAUUUGGAUCGCGGUUACAGUUCCGGCCGUUCAAGUACCACGUAUGGCGGUACUAGAGAUGGCGGCAGCAACGGAUUCAAUCGUCGCGACAUAUACAACGGAACGCGAGAAAGUAGUCGUUAUGGCGGUGGAACCAGUUCUAGCUAUAGUCGCAGCGGAGGGCAAAGUGGUGGACGAUUCAGGUCUCGGUCCCCAGUUGCUAAUCAUCGUUUCUAAACCAUAUAAUUUGAAGAUGUUAAUAGA